AUGAAACUAUCACUCAUCAAACUCUCCACCCAAGUAUUAGAAACUGCCUCAAUGAAACCAACUUACGCAACGAUAGCAGCAGCAGAAAACCACGCAGACCCUGAAGCCCAAGCACAACACCUUCAAAGAACAGCAUGCAAAGCCAUCAAAGAAUGCCAACUCCUCAUUGACUUUCCUUCAAGCAGUGAACUAGCAGCAGGAAAAUCGUCACAUGCACAACUAGUCGAGAAAGUCAAGAAAGCACUUGCCACCCUGCCCAAAGACGAUGACACACCAGAACUAGAGACCCGGUCUAUCACCCAGUUCCAACAAGGAGGAAUGGUUGUCAAAACGACAAAUAAGGAAGCCGCACAAUACCUGCGAACUAAAAACAACGCCAGAGAAUGCCUCCUCCGAAACCUAGACCCACAAGCUACAAUCAAAGAAAGAACAUAUAUGGUUGUCAUGCCUUUCAUGCCUACCUCAUUCAGACCUACAGAUAACACUAACCUUCAACAGAUGGAACAAGAGAAUGGAUGGAACGAGGGAAAAGUGCUAACGGCACACUGGAUAAAACCAGCAGAACGGAGAACAAGCACACAAAGAGUAGCUCACAUACUAAUCACACUUACAGAUCCAACAACUGCCAACAACGCUAUUCAAGACGGCAUCGUAGUAGACCAAGCCAAGCUCUGGCCAAAAAAGAACAGGCGAGAACUGAUGUGA